AUGCGUAUCCUUUCCGUUGCCGUCGCCGCCCUCGGCCUGAUCGGGGGUGGCGAGGCUUCUGCUACUCGCCGCCGAUGCGUUCGCUCGACCGGCCUCGCUUCCACCCUACCUCCUUCAACCUCCAUCUCCGCCACUGGAACUCCCACCGGCACACCCACAUCUGCUGCGACUCCAUCCUCGACCGAGAUUAUCAAGGUCGCCAACCCCGAUUUCGCAGACGGAACCAAUGAAUGGACCAUCACCGGUAAAGGUACCUGGGUUGCCAACGAGGGCUACUCUGACGACAACACUCCCAAAGACGGCACCGUCGAGCUCGAGACCGAGGGCGAGGAUGACGAGGAGGACACCACAUCCGUCAACAAGCGACAGGCCAUCGUCGGCACAACUCUCUCCACCACUGUCCGCCGCCUGACCCCGAACAUCGACUACACCGUCAAGUUCUUCUACUGGGUCCUGAUCGCCACCCCCGCCAACAGCUGCCGCAUCCGUGCCUCGUUCAACGGCGUCAACUUUGCAGAUACUCCUCGAUUCCCCGCUGCUUUUGGCAACGGCCCCUGGGGUGAGCUCUCCGGCAAGGUGAGGCCCACCGGCACCACGGGCACUCUCACCAUCUCCGUCGUCUGCGACCGACGUGGUCUGGCUCGUGUCUACAUUGACAAUGUCUCUGUCACCCGUGUCACUGCCUCUAGUACCAUUGCUAGUACUUCGAGCGUGAGCACCGUCUCGUCCUCGGCUGUCUCUUCUGGCGUUUCAUCUACUGCCGCUUCUUCGACAGUCUCGUCUAGUGUUUUAUCCACUGCCUCUUCCUCGGCAGUCUCGUCUAGUGUUUCAUCCACUGCCGCUUCGUCUUCGGCUGUCUCCUAUGAUGUUUCCUCGACUGCUGCUUCCUCUCCCGCAUCCUCGGACGUCUCCUCGACUGCUGCUUCUUCUACCGCCUCUGAUGUUUCGUCCAGUGCCACCUCGCCUGUCUCCUCAACAGUCUCUUCCACUAGUGCCGCAUCGACUGAUGUCUCCUCUACCCCCAGUGCCUCUUCUGGUUCCCAGACCGGGGCUAGCACUACUCCUUCCAGCACCGAUGUGCAGUCCAGCACUGCUGUGAGCUCCGACCCCAGCUCUACCCCCAUUGCCUCAACUGGUUCCAGCACCCCCGUCAGCUCCACUGCCGUCUCCAGCACCGCUUCUGAUAGCACUACGCCUGUGAGCUCUACUGCUGCCUCCAGCACUGCUUCUGAUAGCACUACACCUGUCAGCUCUACCGAUGUCUCGAGCACAACUCCCGUCAGCUCUACAGAUGCCUCCAGCACGACACCCGUCAGCUCUACCGAUGUCUCGAGUACAACACCGGUCAGCUCUACCGAUAUCUCGAGCACAACUCCCGUCGGCUCUACUGAUGUCUCGAGCACUACGCCUGUGAGCUCUACUGGUGUCUCAAGCACUCCUUCCGAGAGCAGCACCCCUGGUAGCUCCACUGCCGCUUCUACCACGCCUAGCAGCAGCUCUGAAAGCACCACUCCUGUUAGCUCUUCUGACGUCUCGAGCACCACUCCCAGCAGCAGUUCCGUUGACUCGACUACAACUCCUGCCAGCUCUACUCCUGUCUCAUCCAGUAGUGUCGCCAGCAGCACUCCUGAGAGCAGCGCUACCUCCACUCCGGUCUCAAGCACUUCAGCUACCAGCACUCCCGAGUCCAGCAGCACUCCUGUUUCCAGCACAACUCCCGUAUCCAGCAGCACCCCUGAGAGUAGCGCUACUUCCACCCCAGUGUCGAGCACCCCUGUGUCUAGCAGCACUCCCGUCUCAAGCACAACUCCCGUCUCCAGUAGCACUCCCGUCUCCAGCACCACUCCUAUCAGCAGCAGCACUCCUGUUUCGAGCACGACCCCCAUCUCUAGCACCACUCCAAUCUCCAGCAGCAGUGUCAGCGCCACAUCUGCUCUCCCCUCUGCCACUAUUGACAGCAAGGUCCUCAUCAUUGCUAAAGAUCUCGUCACCGCUAAGCUGGGUAGCCUUGGUCUCCUGGCAUACGGUAUCCCCUUCGAGAAUCUCCUUGUGCCUUCCGCCGGUACUCAGCUGCCUGUCCUGAACUCUUCCCGUACCGCCGGCAACUAUGGUGGUAUCAUUGUUCUCGACUCCAUAUCUUAUGAGUAUCCCGAAGGUUGGCGCAGCGCCAUCACUACGGAGCAAUGGACGACUAUUCACAACUACCAGACUGACUUCAACGUUCGUAUGGUCCGCAUCAACGAGUACCCCGGCUCUGGCUCUGGCACUGUGCCCGUCGGUGGUGGAUGCUGUAACGCUGGUGUCAAUCAGCCCGUCUACUUCUCUGAUGUCAGCGACUUCGCUACUGCUAAUGUCAAGGUCAACGCCGGUGUCACUACCGAGGGUCUUUACCACGUUCCCGCUUCCGUUACCGACGUCGCUACUACCAAGGUCGUUGCCAAGUUUGGCGCAGGCGGCGGCUUCGUCGAUGGUACCGUCGCUGCUGUCAUCAACAACUUCAGCGGUCGUGAACAAUUCGUCUGGUUCCUGAGCUGGGCUCCUGAGUGGUCUCUGACCUCCAGCUACCUUCAGCAUGGCCACAUCCACUGGAUGACCCGAGGUCUCUUCCUCGGCAAGCGCAAGACUCAUGUCCUCGCUCAGAUUGACGACGUCAUGCUGGCCACUGGCAUGUACGAGCCCCCUACCGUUGAGACCAAGAUUACUGUGGCCGAUGUCGAGCAUCACGUCUCCUGGCAGAAGAAUCUCGCCGCUCGUCUUCCUCCUGGCUCUAGCUUCCGACUGGAGAUGGCCCACAACGGUAACGGUAACAUCAUGGACGCUACCCUUGGCGCCGGAGGUGACCUGGUCUGCGUUCCCGAGGAAGCUGUCUACUACGUGUACUUGCCUGACCCUCCCCAUGAGGUCAAGAAGCCGAUCAACACCGGUGUCGACCAGUGGCCAACCUGGGCCCAGCAGUAUCAGUGGCAGCCCAACUGCACCCUCAGCUCUCGUGAUCCCCUUACCCAGUGGUUCGCCGUCCCUGCCAACCGCGAUGAGUUCAGCCACAUCUCGCACACAUUUACUCAUCUCAACCAAAAUAACAUCACCUAUGCUGAUGCUUAUCGCGAGAUUAAGUUCAAUCAGGACUGGCUGAAGCAGAUUGGUAUUGAUCAGGCUCGCUACUAUUCUGGCAAGGGUCUUGUGCCACCUCAGAUCACUGGUCUCUAUAACGCUGAUGCCCUGAAGGCCUGGCUGGAUGCUGGUCUUGACAACGCUGUCGGUGAUAAUACCCGUCCUAUGACCCGGAACCCUGAUAACGCCUACUGGCCUCUGAUCACCAAUGUUGACCGUAAUGGUUAUGACGGCGUCACUGUCAUCCCUCGCUACGCCACCCGUAUCUACUACAACUGCCACACCCACGCAUGCAACUUCAAGGAGUGGCAGGAUACCUCUGCAGGUACUGGCGACUUUAACGAGCUUCUCCGUGUCGAGAAGGAGGCUGUUAUGCGUAAUCUUUUGGCCCUCCAGUCUGACCCCUACAUGUUCCACCAGGCUAACAUGUACUACACUGGCGUCGAGAGCAUCACCAUUGGUGACCAGACCGGCCAGAUGUCUCUCGUUACUGCCUGGACCGAGACCGUCCUCCAGGAGCUCAUGCGUCUCACCAACUGGCCCGUCAUCUCCAUGACGCAAGAUCUCGUCGCUGAGUACUUCCGUGACCGUAAGGCCGUUGACGACUGCAACCCCCAGCUGGCCUAUGGCUACUCGGACGAUGGCAAGGCGAUCAACAAAGUCAUCGUCACCGCCAAUGGCAACUCCUGCAGCAGACCCGUUCCAGUCACCCUCCCCUCGGGCUCUGCCUCUGCCUCUGGUGGAUCUACCUCCAAUGACAAGGUCGGUACUGAGCCCCCCAUUGAGUGGGUUACCCUCAACGGCUCUCCCGUCACCCUUACCUUGGCCUCGCCCGUCACUGUCGCUCAGGGCUCGUCGCCUACUGUUGAAUAA